AUGAGUUCCUAUUUUGUCAACUCAACUUUCCCCGUGUCUCUGCCGGGAGGACAGGACUCUCUCCUGGGCCAGAUCCCCCUCUACACGUCGGGAUACAGCGACCCGCUCAGGCACUACUCCGGCGCGGCCACCUAUGGAGGCGCCGCCGCGGUGCAAGACAAGGUCUACCCGGCCUCGUACUAUCAACAGACGGCCAUCUACGGCCGGGCGACCGGCGGCGCUCCGUGCGACUUCAACCCGGCCGGGGGGUUCUACAAGGACGCCGAGGGUUCGUGCGCCUUCUCCGGCCGCGACGACGCACCGCCGCCGCCGCCGCUCUUUGGCGCACAGGAGCACGCGCAGCGCAAAAGCGAGUGCGUAGGGGAGCAAAGCACCGGCAUGAGCGUGGACGACAAAUCCUCCGCGCUCAUCUACCCUUGGAUGCAGAGGAUGAACGCCUGCUCGGUCGGCCCUUUCGGAACCAGUGGUCGCAGGGGCCGCCAGACGUACACCCGCUACCAAACACUGGAACUGGAGAAGGAGUUCCACUUCAACCGCUACCUGACGCGCAGGCGCCGGAUAGAGAUCUCGCACGCGCUGUGCCUGACCGAAAGACAGAUUAAAAUCUGGUUCCAGAACCGCAGGAUGAAGUGGAAGAAGGAAAACAAGCUGCUCAAUCCACCAAAGACGCCCGAGGAGGAAGAGGAGGAGCAGACGGAGAAGAAGAGUUAA